UAUGGGCAAAAAGUAGAAAUUAUGAAUGGUAGUUAUAGGCUUCCAUACAUGGUGUGCUAAAACAAAGAUAAUUUUCAAAAUCUGAAGUGUUGUUGGUUGUACUUGUAGUGUAUAUUCUGGAAUCUCUGUGAUUUCCCCUACAGUACCGGUACGUUUAGUGUUGACUACUGUUGUGUUGUUUACCCUGGCUAUAGAUGUGCAGUGCUGAAUGGUGGCUAUUAAAGCAAUACAGAAGAAAAUUGUACCACAAGAAUUUCUCACAAAGUUCGUACCGCGGGAAUUAGAAAACCACACAGCUUUACCUCGUCAUGAAAACGUGGUUCGUAUUUUUGAGCAUUUUUCGACACCAGAUUUCACGUAUGUUGUGAUGGAAUAUAUGUCUAAAGGCGACCUAUUAGAUCUCAUUAAUCAGAAUAUCAGUAGAAGUGAACGAGGACUGGGGGACGAAUUAUCUAAACGAUUCUUUAAACAAAUAUGUCUUGGUCUUCAUCAUAUACAUGGCCACGGUGUUGUUCAUAGAGAUAUGAAAUGUGAGAAUAUACUGGUUUCUGAGAAUUUUGAUGUAAAAAUCACAGAUUUUGGGUUUUCAUGUCAGUAUAUGGAUAGAAGUAUUCUUCUGAAAACGUCUUGUGGGUCCUACGCAUACACUUCACCCGAGGUUAUUAAAAAUAAGCCGUAUGAUGGCAUUUGUGCUGAUAUCUGGAGCAUUGGGAUAAUUCUGUGUGCAAUGAUUAAUGGUAGAUUACCAUAUAAUGAUGGUCAACUUACAGAGAUGGAUGACGACAUGAGAAUGCAGCGACUGAGAUUUGAGAGAAAUGUGUCUUUUGAUUGUAUGGUUUUGGUGAGAAAAUUAUUACAGUAUAGGCCUAUGUUACGACCGGCUUUAAGUGAAAUAUUAAAAGAUCCGUGGAUAACAGGGAAGAAGCCCAUACCAAGACAAUUAAAUAAACCAAAAUGGACGAAUGCCUAUUUUGUGAAUAAAUCAAAUGAAGAUGGGAAAGAUUCAAAUAAACUGAGAGUAGAUGGUUCGAACCCUGGCAACGCACCUCUCACUUCCCCACUUUACUAUAGAACAGGAACUCCUGAAAGAACGAGAACUACCACUUCAGGUAUCAAAGAUGCCGUCGUGCUCAGUAGAGGUGCAAGAGAGACCAUAAUUCUCAAAAGUAGAUGCCAGGCAAAUGGCUAUAAUGAAAUCAACCAGAAAACUGAACGAAGACCAAAAACGUGGCCUAAAUCUGUAAAAGAACAGGCUGAUAAGAUCAAAGCGGAAUUAAGAUCAACCAGUGCUGAUAAAAGAAACCAUGAAAGAAUCAAACAAUUAAUGGCCGUCACAAAUAAACGAGUGCGAGCACGUACAUCCACCCAAAACACCAAAACCAGCGGCACAUACAUGUACAAAGAUAUCUACACACCAUUGAUGUAUAUGUAUAAGUUUUUACAGGCCAAUGGAAAUGUUGAGACAUCACCUAUCAACACACAAAAUAUCCGGCAAACAAAGACCGUAACUUACACACCGCCAUUACCGGUGAACAGCUAUUCUCCCAAUGAAAACAAAGUUACAGCCCCAGCCAAUUCAACACAACAGACAGUCUUCGAUAGUUACUCAAAACAAAAAACACCAAUUACGAAUACAAAAGAUACAAGCGAUGCCUUUUUGAAUAUUGGACAAUUCAUGGAGAUUCCAGAUAGAUUUUUUUACGAACUGGAUACGGUAGAAGAAAGUAAAGAGAAUCCGGAGGAAGUCAGAUCUGGUUCAGUUCCGGCACGUAACAGAAUCACACAGGAUAAGAAACCUCAAAAGCAAACCCCAGAAGAAAGAGCACAGACAUGUCGUGAUAGAAUACUACAUGCUUAUGGUCAAAGAGCAACAGCUACCCCCAAGGAACGGGAGAUACCGUUUCUGCCAUUAAUGGUACAGAAGAUAGAUUUAUCAACAACAGAAGGAACAAAAUCACCGGAAGCAGUGCAAACAUUUCAAGCUCCAUGCAGACUUCAGCUCGGUACCAGAACACCUUCCACCGAUAAAAAUAAACGUCGAGUUAAAGCAGUUUAUAAAUAUAAAUAUCAUUAAGAGUCGUGCCUAUUUGAUUUAAAUCAGUGUUAUCAUGUUCUGUCCCAUUAAAAUUGUGUAUAUUCCUGUAAAACAACCAACAACGAAGAUAUUAUUUAUAUUAAUGAAAUUAUAAUACUGUUGCGGAAUAAAUAUUGUUAUAUUUGGAAAGAU